AUGCUGGUGAUUCUGUUGAACUGUGUGACACUGGGAAUGUAUCAACCAUGCGUGGACGAUCAGUGUGUUACAAACAGAUGCAAAAUAUUACAGGUCUUUGACGAUAUUAUAUUCGCGUUUUUUACGCUAGAAAUGACAAUUAAAAUGGUUGCAAUGGGUGUUUAUGGUCACGGCACCUACCUUGCUGACUCUUGGAAUCGACUAGACUUUUUCAUUGUCAUGGCAGGAGCUGUAGAAUAUACAUUAAAUGUGGAAAAUAUCAAUUUUUCGGCAAUAAGGACAAUCCGAGUAUUACGACCUCUAAGAGCCAUCAACCGGAUACCGAGUAUGCGAAUACUGGUGAUGUUACUUUUGGAUACAUUGCCUAUGCUUGGUAAUGUCUUGCUACUUUGUUUCUUUGUCUUCUUUAUUUUCGGAAUAGUCGGAGUCCAAUUGUGGGCAGGAAUUCUGAGACAACGCUGCGAAUUAGUCUUACCGCCGAACGUUAUACGACCAAAAGACCUGUCAGAAUGGUACAGAGUGCGCGUCAGAGUGAACUCCAUUUCGUUUCACUACGAGUUCUCCAAAGAACUGGAUUACAUUUGCACGACGCCUGAGGACAGUGGGAUGCACCACUGUGGUAACUUUCCUCCCUACCGCUAUGGACCUCUUGUAUGCAAUGAGACGGCGAAGCCAUUUUCUUACAAUAAACCUACGAACACAUCGUGUGUGAACUGGAAUCAAUACUAUACAAAUUGCACCGAAAGAGGAUCUAAUCCAUUUCAAGGCACGAUUUCCUUUGAUAAUAUUGGCUUGGCUUGGGUGGCCAUUUUUCUGGUUAUAUCGCUGGAAGGAUGGACAGAUAUCAUGUAUUAUGUACAAGAUGCUCAUAGUUUCUGGGAUUGGAUUUACUUUGUGCUUUUGAUUGUGAUCGGGUCUUUUUUUAUGAUUAACCUAUGUCUAGUAGUCAUAGCAACGCAAUUUAGUGAAACCAAAAAACGUGAAAUGGAACGUAUGCGUGCGGAAAGGGCUCGUUUCACAUCCUCUUCGACAUUAGCUUCAUCCACGAACAAUAGCGAACCCGCGACAUGCUAUGCUGAAAUCGUAAAGUAUGUCGCCCAUUUGUGGAGGAGAUUUAAAAGAAGAAUGGCAAAAAAAAUUAGGGUUUAUCGAUACCAAAAAGCCCAAUUACGUUGGCGCCAAAGCCGGGAAACUCUACAAUUGCCCGCAAAUAAACCUAAACAACAUCACCCCUGCUGUCCACGUGCACAUCCACAGGGGAAUGGAGGCAAAGUGGGAGUCGACGAGGUGGGCGAUGAGCCACUCAGCAGACCAAGCCUGUUGCGCGUACCCUCACUCUCAGCCGCCGAUCUUGAGAAUGCAUCUAACCUUUCCCUAUUGUCACCACCAUCCUUAGCUAGACGUCGUUCGUCAGUGAUGUUCAGUGAUACAGUUCUGUUACAUACUCCCACUACUCCAACGGCUCAUCCACACAAUGUAUGCUCGUCAGAAAAAAUGACACAAACAGAGUUCGACCUGCCUGCAAGUGAUACAGCCGACGAUCGUGCAGCUGCAGGUGGCACGAUGUCCUGUCAAGAACUACUGGCAUUAUCUGGUGCGCUAUCUGCAGCUUUACCAACCGGACAAGUGGCUUUAGACUCAUUUUUUGAAGAAUUGACCAAAGGAAUUAGCAAAAGAGCUGGUGAAGAAAAGACGGACACCAAGGUAGUGGAAAUUGAAGACUUUUCUUGUUGUGCUGAUUUAAUAGCCGCAGAAGCAGCAAAAAAGGAGACAAAGAGGGGACGCUUAUGUAAUGCGUGCUCAAUAAUCUGGAAACGUAUAUCACGAGUUUUGUCUCUGCUAAGGAAACAAAUUAAAACUAUCGUCAGUCAUAAAUACUUUCAACAAGGUAUACUUCUGGCAAUACUCAUUAAUACACUAUCAAUGGGCAUUGAAUAUCACAAUCAACCAGAAGAACUCACAGUAAUUGUUGAAAUUAGUAAUGUUGUUUUCUCUGCGAUUUUUGCCAUUGAAAUGGUGUUAAAGAUAGUUUCGGAAGGGCCUUUUAAAUACAUUGCUAAUGGAUUCAAUGUUUUUGAUGGUAUAAUUGUUAUUUUAAGUGCAUUUGAACUAGCACAAAGUUUUGGAAACGAAAAGGACAUGGCAGGAAGUUCAGGUCUUUCGGUUUUACGUACAUUUCGACUUCUGCGCAUUUUAAAACUUGUAAGAUUUAUGCCAAAUCUGCGACGUCAACUUUUCGUGAUGUUAAGAACAAUGGAUAAUGUUGCGGUUUUCUUCUCCUUACUUGUUCUGUUUAUAUUCAUAUUCAGUAUUCUUGGCAUGUAUCUAUUCGGUGGUAAGUUUUGCAAGUACAUCGAAGACAAUGGCACCGAGCGUGAUUGCACUUGCCCCGAGAUCGUAUCGCAUCAUCCCAAGUGUGAGUGCGACAGAAAACAUUUUAAUAACAUCCUCUGGGCGACAGUCACCGUAUUCCAGGUUUUAACACAAGAAGAUUGGAAUGUAGUAUUAUUCAACGGAAUGGAAAAAACAAGUCACUGGGCAGCGCUAUAUUUUGUAGCAUUAAUGACAUUUGGCAAUUAUGUUCUAUUUAAUCUACUUGUAGCCAUUUUAGUGGAAGGUUUUAGUUCCGAACGCAACGAAAGAAGGGAGCGGGAACAACGAGAGUUAGCGAAGUCAAAAUUGUCUAGCGAAUGUUUUUCAGAACACAAUGAAAUACAAUACGAUGAAUCUAAUUCAGGGUCCCAUUCUAGCGACAGUUUUUCCCAGAAUGAAAUAAAAAACUUCUGGCGUUCUGCUGAUGACGUAAGAAAAACAAAAGGUGACAAAAAUGGUCACAAAGAGAAAGCAAUAAAGUCAAGACGUAAAACAAAGUCUUCAGCUCAUCACCCUACAUUAUGCAAGGACUGUGCACAAUCGAACAAAUGUAACUUACAGAAGGAAUCUAAAAUGUUAGCUAACAAUACGGCUACUACAGAAAACACUACAGUAGUACCGAUGAUAACGCAUACUGCAGCUACACCUCAAGAUUCGCCAUCGACUACCUUAGAACCUGGCGCAUCGUUCAGAGACUUUAAUAUGUCACUGAGUCUUGAAAAGUCUUCAAUGCUAUCUAGUUUAGAUUCAAUUGAUCGUAUUUCAUGCACAAGUAUUCCAGGUUUACUAAAGCCACCAAACAGUUAUACGUUAACCUUGCAUUCUGCUGCCGCUCAAUUAGGCGCUGAGAAAGCUCGCUUACCACCAAUGACCCUAGCACCGCCUCCUUUAACGCUGGCUCCACCUCCUACAAAGGCGACAUCUCCAGCUUCUGCUUCACCGACUACACCAAGAUCAAUGCCUUCUCCCAUGCUGCCUGAAAAAAAUCUUCAAGUCACAAUUGCGAAGGAAGACAAUUGUCUCAACAUCAACGACAAAUCAAGUCUGCUGAGCUCACAAAGAAGUCUUGCAAUAACUAGUCCAUCCGUUAAUGGGGAAGAUAAAUGUAAGGUGCAGAGAGGUUACAGUUGGCGACUAUCACGACCCAGUCUCCGACGUAAAAAGCAAAGGACAGGCUCUGAUUCUGACGCUGUGAUACUCAAUAAUGGUCGUGAUCAUGCGUCUUGUAAUGGUUCAAGUGUACGCAAAAACGAACUUCUUCUGUCAUCCUCAAUGGUAAUCAAGAACGAUACUCAAUCAGAGUUGCCCAAUAAUCGUACAAAGUCUCAAUUGCCAGCUCCUAGAGUACUCGCUCAACCAGUUAGAAGAGUAUCAGCUCAUGCAACACCUUUACUGCCAGAUGUCUCAUGGAAAGCACCCGAAGCCGGAUUUUCAUCUGAAUCAACCAUAAAAUUUGAGACAGUGAAGCCCACACCUCAUAGACUUUCUCUCACUAACGACUGUUUAACAGUAACAACAGUUGCAGAAGUGAAAGCCAGUAACUUGACGCCACCAUCUAGCCAACUAUCGCAACAACCACCAAGACCUCCUCGGAACGAAACAGCUUCUUUAUCGACUAGACCCAACAAUCAAUCUCUCUCACUUAUUAAACAGAUCAAUGAAGAGGUCACCAUUAAUAACAAUAUCUGCAUAUUUUCAUUUCGAUUUAAUAGACAUCAAUACCGAUUCAAAGAUCUUUUUCGGUUUAUGGAGCCUACUGGAUGUCUCAAGGAAAAAGAGGAUUAUUCACUAUACAUAUUUGCUCCCGAUAACAAAAUCAGAAGAUUCUGCACGUGGAUGGUAACAAGAAGCUGGUUUGAUAAUAUUGUGCUUCUGUUCAUUGCACUUAAUUGUAUUACGCUUGCGAUGGAACGACCAAAUAUACCACCUGAUUCAAAAGAGAGAGCUUUUCUGUCGAGUGCUAACUACGUCUUUACUGGUGUUUUCGCUGUUGAAAUGCUCGUAAAGGUCGUGGCAUCUGGAAUGUUCUAUGGGCCCGAAGCGUACUUUACUUCCGGAUGGAAUAUCAUGGACGGCUCUCUUGUUAUUAUAUCUAUAAUUGAUUUAUUGAUGUCGUUAGUGUCUGAAUCUAGUCCUAGAAUUUUCGGCAUCCUCAGGGUUUUCCGUUUGUUAAGAUCAUUACGACCACUAAGAGUAAUAAAUAGGGCACCAGGGCUAAAAUUGGUCGUUCAAACGCUGCUAUCUUCAUUGAGACCUAUUGGAAAUAUCGUUCUCAUUUGCUGUACAUUUUUCAUCAUAUUUGGAAUAUUGGGAGUACAGUUGUUUAAAGGAGCUUUUUAUUAUUGCGAAGGAGCUAAUAUCAAAAAUGUUAAAAAUAAGACAGAUUGCUUGGCUAUUGAAGGAAAUGUAUGGGUAAAUCGAAAGUACAAUUUCGAUGAUUUGGGAAAAGCUUUAAUGUCACUUUUCGUAUUGAGCUCAAGAGAUGGCUGGGUUAAUAUAAUGUACACUGGACUAGACGCUGUUGGAGUUGAUCAACAGCCUAUAGUAAAUUAUUCAGAGUGGCGCUUACUUUACUUCAUAGCAUUUAUACUCCUCGUGGGCUUCUUUGUACUGAACAUGUUCGUGGGCGUAGUAGUUGAAAAUUUCCACAGAUGUCGCGAAGAGCAAGAAAAGGAAGAAAGAGUUAGAAGGGCGGCUAAGCGGGCACUACAAAUGGAGAAAAAACGACGUAAAAUGCAUCAGAGACCUUAUUAUGCGGAUUAUGGUCAAAAUCGACUCUUUGUUCAUAACGUUGUAACAUCGAAAUAUUUCGAUUUAGCAAUUGCAGGUGUUAUUGGGCUAAAUGUAGUUACAAUGGCAAUUGAAUAUUAUAGAAUGCCCCCGGCUUUGGAAUAUGCCCUAAAAAUUUUCAAUUACUUUUUUACUGCAGUUUUUAUUCUUGAGGCGGCUAUGAAGCUAGUUGCACUGGGAAUAAAAAUUUAUCUUAAAGACAAGUGGAAUCAACUUGAUGUUAUAAUAGUAAUACUUUCCAUCGUUGGAAUAGUCUUAGAAGAACUCGAAACGAACAUUAUACCAAUAAAUCCUACUAUAAUGAGGGUUAUGCGAGUAUUACGAAUUGCAAGAGUAUUAAAAUUGCUGAAAAUGGCAAAAGGUAUUAGAGCGUUAUUGGAUACAGUUAUGCAGGCUCUACCGCAAGUUGGAAACUUGGGGCUUCUUUUUUUUCUCUUAUUUUUUAUAUUUGCCGCAUUGGGUGUUGAACUAUUUGGGCGUCUAGAAUGUUCUGAUGACAUUCCAUGUCAAGGGCUUGGAGAACAUGCCCAUUUUGCCAACUUUGGAAUGGCGUUUUUAACGCUCUUUAGGGUGGCGACUGGAGAUAACUGGAAUGGUAUUAUGAAAGACACACUCAGAGAGGAUUGUGAUAGUUCUGUAGAUUGUGUACGCAAUUGUUGUGUUUCAACUAUUAUAGCCCCAAUUUUUUUUGUUGUGUUUGUUCUAAUGGCUCAAUUCGUACUCGUGAACGUGGUCGUUGCGGUGCUUAUGAAACACCUUGAAGAAUCACAUAAACAAAUGGAAGAUGAAAUAGACAUGGAUGUGGAACUUGAAAGAGAACUUGAGCGGGAAGCUGAUGAUGAAGAGGAUCGAGCCCUGUGUCGGGCAUUAGAGCAAUGUACCUCUCCGUUAAACCCAUUAAAUAAAGUACCAUCAUUACCUGCGAAUUUCACAUACAGUGAACCUAAACAACCAGUGACACCAUCUCCCGUACGACGUCGUCGCACGUUGCACUCACAUCAUGCAUUAUUACCAUCUCCGUUGCCAUUACCACAAAGAAGAGCAUCAUUGUCUCCUCAUGCAUUUGGGCGACGACGCCAAGAGUCUACAUCUGAUACUCGGGCCGCUUUAUAUGAAGAGGAUGCUCGUUUUAUUGAUGCUGAUGACAUCGAAGAAUUGGAACCUGGAAGUCCACCUAGAAGAGACUCAUUUGCAAAUAAUAGGCGACAACGUGUAGAUAAAAGAAAUUCUUUACGUGGUGAAGAAGCAAGGUUAUUAAGACCUACACCUGUUUUACUUGCUGUUCCUUCAACGCGGCAAAGUGUAAGGCUUGCUGGAUCAAAAAAGAGACCUUCAGUUGAAUCUGCUGCGAGUUACAUUAGUCGAGGUUCAUUACGUUCCCACUUAACACCAGAAGCAGUCGAGCUACCAAUAAGCGAAGAAGAAAGUAUAAGGAUUGUUAUUGCAGAACGGCGAAAAAUAGACACUGCCAGACCAGAUACAAAUGAUACAGUCGAAUUAACAGAAUGCGGGUCCUAG